AUGGGUAUGUCACAAGCUGCCAUCGACAGGCUGAGCAAUAAGCCCGACUGCCUACCGGGUAUCUCUUUUCGAUUCAUGUGGAUUGGAACUACAGGACUCAUCAAAGUAGUCCCAUCUGCUGCACAUGAUCUGACCAUAUCGGGUGCGAGCCAUUAUAUCGACCGGCAGUGCAUUCGGAUGGGAGUGGCAGACAAUAAUCUUGUUUGGGGACUUACAGUAACGACACCUGGUACCGUCACUACCCACGGCAAACAGCCGGAUAACUGCUUCUUCCCGCCUAACCGCCAGCCUUUGGGUGGCCAGUUCAACGGCUGGCAGUCACUCGUCAUAGAAACCGGAGUGUCAGAGUCUUUGGAAAAGCUUCGUCAAGACGCCAUUUGGGUUUUUCAAAAUUCCUCCGGGGACACCAGAAUUGUCCUCCUCAUCUCGAUCAAAGCCCGCACCAAGGAAGUCAGAUUCGAGGAAUGGCAGCUUGCUCCUCCCAGCCUUACACCUCUGACAAGACAAGGAACUAAUCAGCUACGUCAGCAAGCCAACCUGAUGACCCCCCUUAUCCAGCAGCAGGCAGCCAGCCAAUUCGCCUUCUGCCAUCAGGAAGUACUCGUUACGCCCACAUCCAUCACCGGAGGACCUAUUGUGAUCCCUUUCAGAGCCAUUUUUGAUCGGCAGCCUACGGGAGCUGAAGGCGAUGUAGGUGUCAAACAACCAGGGCUUUCGUUCCAUUACGCGGUUUGUUUAAAUGAACCUUGGUAUUGCUGUCAUUUGGCGGACUGA